AUGUCAGAUAAUCAGCUGAUUUCCAUUGGCGCCGGUCUGAUUACUCGGGCACUCGAGUUCGAGGAGAAAAGCAAGUUGACCGAAUCAUUGGUAUGCUACGAGGAGGGGAUUGCAUUACUUAUCAAGGGUUUGCGUCUCUGUACAGGUUUGACACCUUUCACCACUAACCCUUUUGCAGACAAAGAUUUAAAGUGCAAUCUGAAGGCCAAAAUCGAGUCAUAUAUGACCCGGGCUGAGGGAUUAAAAGAACUUAUCAAAAAGCAAACUGCAGGUUCGCCGAUUUUUACAGUCUUUUUUUACCAACAGUUGGAACAUAUCAUGAACAGAUCCGCAUUUCUGAAGGUGAUACGGGUUUUGGCUAUAAACGACUGUUCGGACGGUUUCUACAAUAUGUUAGAAAAGUUCUCGCACUUUUGUGAAAUCGUGAUUUCUUCACCAUCCCCCGUCCAGAAAAUAUCGCUAACGACCGGUCAGAAUCCACAGGUAUGUAAGCCCCUCGCUAGUCGUGUUUUGAUAAACCCUACCGAGCAGUUAGAAAAGCUACGGAUUCUGCAACAGGACUUGCACGCACGCAAUGUUACCUUCGAGUGGACGUUUUCAUCAGCUCUUCACGAUCGGAAGAUUUGGUAG